UUCCUGCUUCCCCCUCCCCAUUCCCCCCAAACGUCUGUACUAAGGAUUGAGUAGGGUAUAGAAAGGCAGGCCUGGUCAGGAGAGGCCAGCCGGGGCUUCAGGCAUCUCUUCCGUCCAUCGGAGAAGCGAGGUGGCCACAAUGGGGGCCGGACUGCCCCUCUUCCUCCUGCUGACCUUCCUCGGCAGCUCACAUGGAGCAGGGCCAGGAAUGACUUUGCAACUGAAGCUGAAGGACUCCUUUCUGGCAAAUGUCUCCUAUGAUUCCAGCUUCCUGGAAUUUCUCGAAAAGCUCUGCCUCCUCUUCCAUCUCCCAUCCGGGACCAACGUCACUCUCCAUCGUGCAGGAUGCCCACACCACGUCAUCUGCAGAGUCUGAGAGCAAUGGAAGCCUGUGCCCCUCUUGGCCCCAGGCAUUUGGCCCCUGGAGUGCUGGGGGAUGUGCUGGCCCUGUCUUCCAGCAGACCCUCACCCUGCUGAGUGGCAUUAAAUACGCUAAAUCCAAUGAUUUGAGGCUGUGGGCUCAUGAGCAUAGGGCCGGCAACUGGACGCCCUGGUCUCUGAUUCUCCCCCUUGUUAAGCAGAGGGGUUCCGGGAUGGACACUCUCUCCCUCAACACCAGUGACAAAAGCCUAGAAAGAAUCUAGGGAAUUAACUGUUAAGGGAUACACGCACCCCGCACACAUAUAUGCAUGAACAUGAACACACACUUCAAGUGAGAUCUUCAGAACCCCUGGGAAUAAAGGAAAGAAACAAGUA